GUUAAAUGAGUGCUGUGAAGACGUGUUUGUGUUUGUUGGUGUGGACAUGUCGUCCUCUCUUUAUGAGACCAGGAGAGGACAACCCUCCCUCUCAGUCUGAACAAACAGCCUGCAGCCUGACCGAGCAGUCGAUGAACUUUGUCCUGCAGGUACGAAGUCGUCUGAUCCUCAGGCUUCAACGCUUCAGCAGUUAGUCAACAUGGCUGAGAGAAGAGCAGCAGGGAAGGCAGCAGCAGAGCCGAACUUCCUGCAGUUUAAUGACUUGGCCUGUGAGGCGGUUGGUGGGAAGGUAAUUUUUGCUUCAGACGAGUGGUUUGCUCCUGCUGCCAACCUGCUGAAGAAAGAGCCGCCGCAGUUCAUCGUGUCUGCCUUCACAGAGUACGGAAAGUGGAUGGAUGGAUGGGAGACAAGGAGAAAGCGAAUACCUGGUCAUGACUGGUGCCUCAUCCAACUGGGUGUACCAGGGCUGAUCUACGGCUUUGAUGUGGACACGUCCUUCUUCACUGGGAACCACGCGCCACACGUGUCCAUCCAGGCUGGCUGUCUGGACAAACCACCAGCCUUCACCCUGGAGGGAGACCGAACCGGCAUGGCUGCCUCUGACAGUCAGCUUGCUGCUGUCGCCAAGCUGGCCUCGAAGGCGUGGCCGGAGCUGGUGUGCGUGUCUCAGCUGAAGCCUGGAUACUCAGACUGUUGCCACAACUUCUUCAAGGUGAACUUCAACCACAGAGUCACACACCUCCGCAUCAACAUUUACCCAGAUGGAGGAAUCGCCAGACUGCGAGUGUAUGGCGUCGGGCAGAGAGACUGGUCAUCUGUCUCCGCCCAACAGGAUGUUGAUCUGCUGGCUCUGACCAGUGGGGGAGUCUGCCUCGGCUACAGUGACGCCCACUUUGGCCAUCCACGCAACAUGAUCGGUCUUGGGCGAGCUGUGAACAUGGCUGAUGGAUGGGAAACGGCCCGCAGACUGGACAGACCCAAACACCUAAAGGUGGACAAGCAGGGUAUCCUCCAGGUCCCUGGCUGGGAGUGGGCCGUGUUUCGUCUUGGUCAUCCUGGAGUGAUCAACAGCAUCGAGGUGGAUACCAACCAUUUCAAAGGAAACUACCCAGACUCUUGCAGGAUUGAAGCUUGUUCUUUGACCCCAGAGAAGGAAGUUCAGUGCAUCAGGACCAAGUGGACUUCUGAGAAAUGGCAUGUCCUUCUUCCACCUCAGAAACUUCAUCCUCAUCACAGACACCUGUACAGCGAGGCCCAACUGAUGCUAAGCCGACCUGUCAGUCACAUUCGGUUCAUCAUCAGCCCGGAUGGAGGAGUCAGCCGACUCCGACUGUGGGGUCGACCCACAUCGAUCACUUCAGAUCCAGCCAAUCAGCAGAGAUCAGUGUCCAAACUGUGAACCUCUGAAACGUCCAACUCUGAAUGUCAAGAUUUAAAGUUUCUGUGUUUAAUGAUGUUCCACUGGUCAGUGUACGUUUACAAUAGGAGGUCAUGUGACAGUCUGGCCAUUAACACUGAAAUAGACACAACACAUCCCUUAAUACUAUGAGACUCCUCAGUUAAUAACCUGAAAUAACUGAGUCAGAGGACGGGGAUCGGGAGACGUCCUCGUUCUUUUCCAGAUAUCGGCGAUAAAAUAUUGACCUGCUGCUCAUUGAUUUUCUUUAGUCUUCUCCCUCAUUACUCCUCAUUUUGUCUUAUUCACAGCUCAAGGUCAACUUUAAUCAACCUCAGACAAUGUUGUGUUUGGUAUGAGCCUCUUGCAGACUGUGUGAACAGGCAGAGUGUGGUCAUAAUAAAGACGUGUGGCAGACAGUAAAUCAGAACCAGGA